AUGUCUGGUUUAAGGUUUAACUCGGGAAGGCAGCCAUUAGUGAUAGUGGCAGUUGCAGAGUUGUGUAGAGAGGCAGGGAUUAAGAAAUUCAAAUUUCUAUGUAUUAAUUACCAUCUCUCCACCAAAGUUGAAAAAGAAGACAUAAAUUUCUUAGAGCUCCUCCUGAAGGUCGCUACAGACAUCAUUGGAGAGGCAGCCUUUGGUGAGAGGUUUGAUCUCACAAAAUCCACUUCAAAAUCCACAUCUGUAGAUCCAGUCCAAGAGGAAGUCUCAAAAUUUGUGAAGCGAAACGUCUAUUCCACAAGUUCUCUAAAAAUGGACCUCACUGGCACCUUCAGUAUAAUCAUAGGCUUAGAUUAUAUAAGCUCUCUCACUUAUGAACAUCUUUUGGCAAGCUCAUCUACAACUUCGUUUACUUUAUCAAUGGUGUUAUAUCUACUUUCUGCACACCCUCAUCUCAAGAAAAAAUUUCUUCAAGAAAUCGAUGCUUUUGGGGCCCCAGGCAAAAAUCCCACUGCUCAAGACCUUCACAAAUUUCCUUAUCUUUCUUAG